UAUGCUUUAUCAAGUUCAAGAUCGUAUUCGUUACAAUAAAAAAUACGAAGCGGCUAGUAGAUUACGAAUUGGAAGAAAGAAACUGUACAACUUAAUUCCAAGUGAAGCCAUAAUCGAUGAUUUUAUUUUAGCUUGGUCAUUAACACCUUUAAGCGAAGGAACUUCUAUUAUUAUCAACGAAACAAAUAGAGUAUUAGCAAAUAAUACAAUAAAAUUACUUCAUAAUUCGGGAGAAUCGGUUUCAAUUCUUGAACAAGGUAUUAAACUUUCUCCAGGAUUCCAUUAUAAUUUGGGAAUAGACGUUGAAACUAUUAAAUUAUUACCAUUUCCGUAUGGAGACUGUUUGGAUAUGAUUGGUUAUAGAAGAUCUUGUUGA